CUGGCGUUGCCUCAGGAAGCUCUGGAGGAAUCCCGCAACAAGGGGGUGGUGACCGCCCUGUAUGACGCCCUGAGCGCCCGAGACGCCGACUCCGUCCGGCAGAUCCUCGCCGCUGACCUCGAGUGGUGGUUCCACGGCCCGCCCUCGCACCAGUAUUUGAUGCGCCUCCUCACCGGAGAUCAGGUAUCCGGCGACGGCGACUUCCGAUUCGUGCCCCACCGCGUCUCCGCCUUCGGCCCCACCGUCCUCGCCGAGGGAUUCGACCCGACCCGCUCAAUCGCCUGGGUCCACGCCUGGACCGUCUCCGAUGGGAUAAUAACCCAGGUCAGGGAGUACUUCAACACGUCCCUCACCGUGACCCGCCUCGGGAGGACCGAAGGUUCGGGUUUCAGCAUAUCGGAGCUCCAUUGCCCCUCCGUCUGGGUCAGCAGCCUCCCGGAUCGGGUUGGUAAGUCCGUGCCCGGCCUCGUCCUCGCCAUCUGA